AUGCAGCCAGUUAAUACUGGGAUAGCAGAAACACAGGUUGAAUCUUUACCCCAUGACAUCUCAAAAUCUACAGAAGAUGGAAAGAUGGAGUUGAUUGUGGAGUGUCAGAAGGAGAAAGGAGACAAUCUAGUCAUGUUGAAGGAUGAAAUCAGUAGCUCUGUUACUGGAGUGAUUGAGGUGGAUGAUAAUGGUGGUAGUGUUAAUGCUAUCAAGGAAUCCACACGGAAGUUGAAAUUUCCUCAAAGAAGAGUUUCAGCCGUUCGUGAGUUCCCUCCUUAUUGUGGCUUGAAUGCAACUGAACCUACAAAAGAAGAACGCAUAAGAAUCAAUGGAAAGAGAAGAUUUGGAAUUGAGGAUAAGGGUAGUGUAAGAAAUGAAAAACUGAUAGAUUCUGUAGUGGUUGGUAGUGAAGAGUCCAAUGGCAAUGUCAAAGAUGAUUCUCUCCAUAAAACUCAAAUAAAAGAAAGCAACGAGUCUCUAAUGGAAAAUCAAGAUCCAAUGGGUGAUAAAAGUGAUAAACAAUCAAUGGAGAAAAUGAUAGUGGUUGAUGAGGAAUCAAACAUAAACGUUCAAAAAGGGAAAGCCCUGAAGCUUAAAGAUGAUUUAGACAACGAAUCACAAAUUGCAUCUCAAAUCAUAAAGAAAGUAUGCCAGGAUCUUGUGGUGUACACAUGUGACAACGAUCUGAAAAAAAGAUCUGUAAUUGAUUUAUCUGAUGAAGAUUCAGAAGAAAAUCUUGAAGAUGAAAGCUUUCACAAUUCUAAACCACAAGUAGUGAUGCCAAUCAGAUCACUUGCACCAAUUCAAGAAAACAUCAAGAAAGUCAAAGGUGAAAGUAAGAGAGUCAGCCAUAAGAAACACCUUAAAGAUGACACCAAUUCUCCGGUAUUUAUAAGAGGAGACAGGAGCGUUGUUAUAGGCCUAAUGGCUCCAUCAGUUGUUCCCUUCAUAACACCCAAGAAGUCAAAAUCAGAAAAAGUCAAAGUUGUUGAGGAGUCGAGUGCUUUUACCACCUCCAUAACACCCAACAAGUCAGAAUCCGAAAAAGUCAAAGUUGUUGAGGAGGCAAGUACUCAUACCACUUCCAUAACACCCAACAAGUCAAAAUCGGAAAAAGUCAAAGUCGAUGAGGAGUUAAGUACUCAUACCACCUCCAUAAAACCCAAAAAGUCAAAAUCGAAAAAAGUCAAAGUUGUUGAGGAGUCCGAUACUUUUACCACCUCCAUAACACCCGAGAAGUUAGAAUCGGAAAAAGUCAAAGUUGUUGAGGAAUCAAGUGCGCAUACAACCUCCGUAACACCCAAGAAGUCAAAAUCGGUAAAAGUCAAAGUUCUUGAGGACUCAAGUACUCAUACCACCUCCAUAACACCCAUGAAAUCAGAAUCAGAAAAAGUCAAAGUUGUUGAGGAGUCAAGUGCUCAUACCACCUCCAUAACACCCAACAAGUCAAAAUCAAAAAAAGUCAAAGUUGAGGAGUCAAGUGCUCAUACCUCCACAACACCGAUCAAGUCAAAAUCAAAAAAAGUCAAAGUUUCUAAAGAGUCAACUACUUACACCGGUACACUUGAUAUUGUUGUGAGAACCGAAGAACCAGUUGCUCAAGAAACCGAAGAGCAAGGAGACGAGUUUCCCAAUUCCCAUGAAGUUGAAGUUGAAGUCGCAGUCCCACCUUUUGGUCCUCGGAGUUCCAAUUCCGCCCGGAAUAGAAUCAGGGAAACCCUUCGACGCUUCCAAGUUUUAUGUCGCAAACUUCUACAAGGCGAAGAAGCAAAAAUAAGUGAAGAUGACGAGUCAAAACACGUGUUGACCGGAAAACGAGUUGACCUCACGGCAAAAUCAAUCCUCGAAAAACAAGGCAAAAUACCCGACCGAGGCAAAAAAACAUACGGUUCCAUUCCAGGGAUAGAAGUCGGAGACGAAUUCCAAUACCGAGUUGAACUUGCCUUAGUUGGCCUCCAUUGGCUUCUUCAAGGCGGCAUCGAUUACAUCCGACACGGAAACAGGAAAACCCCGGUGGCGGUUUCCGUCGUUGCUUCCGGCGGUUACGACAACGAACUCAACAAACCGGAAUGCUUAAUCUAUUCCGGUUCCGGCGGAAUCGGAAAAGACAAACAAAUCUUAGACCAAAAGCUCGAAAGAGGCAACAUCGCUUUGAAAAACAACAUCAACCUCAAAAUCCCCGUUCGUGUCAUCCGAGGGUAUAAAGGUAAAUCCACCGAACCCUCAUCAAAAUCUCUAACAACCACUUACAUAUACGACGGUUUAUACACCGUCGAAAAAUACUGGCAAGAAAAGGGCCCACUCGGGAACCUAGUAUUCAAAUUCGAAUUAAAACGGAUCCCGGGUCAACCCGAACUCGCGAUCCGUGAAGUAAAAUCCAAAAAAUUCAAAACCCGCGAAGGCCUCUGUGUCGAUGACAUCACAAACGGAAAAGAAAAAAUCCGUAUUUCAGCGGUUAACACAAUCAACGACGAAAACCCGCCGUCUUUCAACUACAUUACGAAAAUCAUGUACCCGGAUUGGUACCGCCCGGUGCCGCCAACGGGAUGCGACUGUGUCGGGCGGUGCUCCGACAAGCGGUGCAAAUGCGCCGCCAAGAACGGCGGUGAGAUUCCGUAUAAUCACAACGGCGCGAUCGUGGAAGCGAAACCGUUGGUUUACGAAUGCGGGCCCGCGUGUAAGUGCCCACCUAGCUGUUACAAUAGGGUGACACAGCACGGGAUGAAAAUCCAGUUGGAGAUAUUUAAAACGGAAACACGCGGGUGGGGGGUUAGGUCGUUGAAUUCGAUUUCUUCCGGAAGUUUUAUUUGUGAGUAUGUAGGGGAGCUUCUGGAAGAUACGGAAGCGGAAAAACGAACGGGUAAUGAUGAGUAUUUGUUUGAUAUUGGGCAGAAUUAUAGUGAUAUGGGUACGGGUACGGGUGUGGGUAUGGAUACGGGUACGGAUGGGUUUACGAUUGAUGCGGCGAAUUAUGGGAAUGUGGGGAGGUUUAUAAAUCAUAGUUGUUCGCCGAAUUUGUAUGCGCAAAAUGUGUUGUAUGAUCAAGAGGAUAAAAGGAUGCCACAUAUUAUGCUUUUUGCUGCGGAGAAUAUUCCACCCUUGCAGGAGUUGACUUAUCAUUAUAAUUAUGCGGUGGAUACGGUUCAUGAUUCGGAUGGGAAUAUAAAGGUUAAGAAGUGUUUUUGUGGGUCGACUGAGUGUACGGGGAGGUUGUAUUGA